GGGUUCCUCUCCCGUUGCACUGUUUUUGGAAGUUUGAAACGUUUUCGCUCCCGUUGGUAAACAUCCGAGUUUUCAGCCGCUUGAUUCUGGCGUGCUCGCAAAGCGUUGUAAACCCUCACCGCAAGCGCAAAAUGAAGUGGGACAAGACUCAGGGAUUGACGACUUGCUCAAAACUUCGGUGUGCCCGCAGAUAGGUCGACGAUCUUGUGCCCCAACAGCCCCUCUACAAGUCGGACCCACCGAACCUGACCACACCGCUUCGCAUGCGUUUUCUCCUCAGCACGUGGCUCUGCUGUUUCCGGUUUGCCGACGAACCUGCGCAACCGUGAUGACGGCGUUUCUUUGUCACUGAGGACGGAGUUUCCAGAUUUACCACUCCGCUGGGUGUUUGAUUUGUCUCCUCCCUGCGACUGCGUCACAUUAUCCUUCCGAAGAUGGCGGAUGCAGGCGAUGCAGCGGCUAACCAGCCCAAGAGGCGUACGUUCCGUACGUUCUCGUACCGUGGGGUCGAGCUGGACAAGCUCCUCGACAUGAAGAUGGAAGAUCUUCUGGAGCUCUUCCGUGCCCGCCAGCGCCGCAAGUUCCAGCGGGGUAUCAAACGCAAGGCCACCACUUUGAUGAAGAAACUCAGGAUCUCCAAGAAGAACUGCGCCUUCGGCGAAAAGCCCGAACCUGUCAACACGCACCUUCGCGACUUGGUUGUUGUUCCUGAAAUGAUUGGCUCCGUCGUCGGUGUGUACAACGGCAAGCAGUUCAUCAACGUUGAAAUCAAGCCUGAAAUGGUCGGCUACUACCUUGGCGAGUUCUCCAUCUCGUACAAGCCCGUGCGCCACGGCAAGCCCGGAAUUGGAGCGACACACUCGUCUCGUUUCAUUCCUCUGAAGUAAAUUAAGGGACACAUGUCCACGCAAGAGAAGGAAGGCCUGUUCGUCUCGGUUUUGUGGACUGAGAUGGUUUGCUGCAUUCUCUCGUCUGUCUGUCUGCCCCGCUUCCGGAGCUGGGUACGUGGGGAAAAUGGAAGCAGCAACCAGCGCUGAUGUCCCAGCGAUGGUAUGGCGAAUAUGCGUAUCUCUUCAGUGCUCUCGUGUGUUUUGUGAUUAAACACACUCUGAAGUUUUUCCUGGUCUGCGAAUAGUGUACCAGAAAGCUCUGACCAGAGCCACGUCUAUGCUACGUCCCACGCGGAGGCCGUAGGAUGGCCGGUAAAGGCUCGUCUGAUAUGAACGUUAACAUGACGAAAGUUCUUGCACAGGUGGACGUUAAUGCAGAGUUGGGGGUUUACUAGUUGACACAUGG